AUCCUUUGCCUCCAGGACACAUUAAGGUGAGAAUACGAUCUCUGGCUGUCUGGAACUAGCCUGAGAGUGUAAGGCAGCCAUGGAUAUGGGAUAUGAGCUACUCAAUGAGAGCCGCACUUGGCUUUCCCCUCCAUUUGACCUUGAUGGCUCUGUGGUGGCGGCCAACAGCUCCAACCAGACAGAGCCGUACUAUGAUCUGACCAGCAAUGUAGUCCUCACAUUCAUCUAUUUUGUGGUCUGCAUCAUUGGAUUGUGUGGCAACACACUUGUCAUUUAUGUCAUCCUCCGCUAUGCCAAGAUGAAGACCAUCACCAACAUUUACAUCCUCAACCUGGCCAUCGCAGACGAGCUCUUUAUGCUGGGUCUGCCCUUCCUGGCCAUGCAGGUGGCUCUGGUCCACUGGCCCUUUGGCAAGGCCAUUUGCCGGGUGGUCAUGACUGUGGAUGGCAUCAAUCAGUUCACCAGCAUUUUCUGCUUGACGGUCAUGAGCAUAGAUCGAUACCUGGCUGUGGUCCACCCCAUCAAGUCGGCCAAGUGGAGAAGACCCCGAACGGCCAAGAUGAUCAAUGUGGCCGUGUGGGGAGUGUCCCUGCUGGUCAUCUUGCCUAUCAUGAUAUAUGCUGGGCUUCGGAGCAACCAGUGGGGAAGAAGCAGCUGUACCAUCAACUGGCCAGGUGAAUCUGGGGCAUGGUACACGGGGUUCAUUAUCUACACCUUCAUCUUGGGGUUCCUGGUGCCCCUCACCAUCAUCUGUCUUUGCUACCUGUUCAUUAUCAUCAAGGUGAAGUCCUCUGGGAUCCGAGUGGGUUCCUCCAAGAGGAAAAAGUCUGAGAAGAAGGUCACGCGGAUGGUGUCCAUAGUGGUGGCAGUAUUCAUUUUCUGCUGGCUUCCCUUCUACAUCUUCAAUGUCUCCUCUGUCUCGGUGGCCAUCAGUCCCACCCCAGCCCUUAAAGGCAUGUUUGACUUUGUGGUGGUCCUCACCUAUGCUAACAGCUGUGCCAACCCUAUCCUGUAUGCCUUCUUGUCUGACAACUUCAAGAAGAGCUUCCAGAAUGUCCUCUGCUUGGUCAAGGUGAGCGGCACAGAUGACGGGGAACGGAGUGACAGUAAGCAGGACAAAUCCCGGCUGAAUGAGACCACGGAGACCCAGAGGACCCUCCUCAAUGGAGACCUCCAGACCACUAUCUGAACGGCUUGAAAAAGAAAUAAUACGCCAAGCUCUGCCAAGUGGCAUGUGCUCCCUGCCCCCACCCCUCCCUUCCUCCCAUCCGUCACACCUGGCUUCUAGAAUAGGGAAUUGCUCAGCAUGAGUCCAAUCAGAGAAUAGUGUUUGAGUCGGCUUGUCUGAGUGAAAGAUAAUGUAUUAAAUUGAUGACACCCCCCUCUUCCCUUUAAAGUGAACAUUUAAAUGCAGGCAGACAAUUCCAAGUCAGGAGAAGACAAGAUCAUGCCUGGGUGUGAUCUGUAGAAAUGGUGAAGCUCAAGAAAAAUAGAAAAGUAUAUCUGCGUGUUUAAAACCUAAUAUGUAACCUGUGGUCUUAACAUUUAUUCUUAUCUCUUCUACUACUCUCUAGCCCCUGUAUAGUCAUUACCUCUGUUUCCUGUGUUCCAAAGUACAUGAGUAGUAAUUGAAGUGUGCCUAGUGUAGGUGGACGUUUAUUCCAAUAUGGUACCCGCAGAAAUGGAUCUGCCAUGAAGCCAAUAAAGUUUAAGCUUCAGGGAUAUCUCAUGCUUGGGCAGUGUUUUCACAUGACCACAUGUUUUUGAAAAA